GAGUCCGUGAACAUUUUAAGGAAGACAAUUGGAUGAUUUUUUGGGAUGAUUACUAUAUAACAAGGGUCUGAACGGAACGAGAGCAAAUAAAGUGAGCCGGCGUGUUAAUGUGACUGAAACCCGGGGAGAGUAGCCAAAAUCUGGAUACUAGACAGCAGUGAGGAUGGGAGGUGGAGGCCAGCUAACGGAUGCAGAAGAGCCGAUCAGCGGGCGGGCUGCUGGUGUCUACACCUGGGAGGAGGUGCAAAGCCACUGCAACCAGAAUGACCAGUGGCUGGUGAUAGAUCGAAAGGUUUACAACAUCACACAGUGGACCAAAAGACACCCAGGAGGGAUUCGAGUCAUCAGCCAUUAUGCUGGAGAGAAUGCCACGGAGGCAUUCACUGCUUUUCAUCCAGAUUUAAAGUUUGUGAAAAAGUUUCUGAAGCCGCUGCAGAUUGGAGAGCUGGCAGCGACGGAGCCCAGCCAGGACCGAAACAAAAAUGCAACCAUCAUACAGGAUUUCCAUACUUUACGUGCUCAGGUGGAGAGCGAGGGUCUGUUUCGAGCUCGGCCUUUGUUCUUCUGCCUCCACCUGGGUCACAUCCUUCUGCUGGAGGCCCUCGCCUGGCUGAUCAUCUGGGUCUGGGGAACUAGCUGGACUCUGACCUUUCUGAGCGCCAUCAUGCUAGCAACCGCUCAGUUGCAGGCUGGAUGGCUGCAGCAUGACUUUGGCCACCUGUCUGUCUUCAAGAAGUCCAGCUGGAAUCACUUGUUGCACAAGUUUGUCAUUGGUCAUUUGAAGGGAGCGUCUGCCAACUGGUGGAAUCACCGGCAUUUCCAGCAUCACGCUAAACCCAACAUCUUCAGUAAGGACCCUGAUGUCAACAUGUUGCACAUCUUCGUAGUUGGAGAAACUCAACCAGUGGAGUAUGGCAUAAAAAAGAUCAAAUAUAUGCCUUAUCACCACCAACACAAGUACUUCUUUCUCGUUGGACCACCGCUUCUCAUUCCAGUUUUCUUCAACAUUCAAAUAAUGCAAACCAUGAUUUCCCGCCGUCAGUGGGUGGAUCUGGCUUGGGCUUUGUCUUACUACCUGCGCUACCUGUGCUGUUCUAUACCCAUGUUUGGCCUGUUUGGCUCAGUGGUGUUCAUCAGCUUCAUCAGGAUUUUGGAGAGUCACGGGUUUGUCUGGGUGACUCAGAUGAGUCAUCUGCCCAUGGACAUCGACCACGAGAAGAACCAGGACUGGCUGUCCAUGCAGUUACAAGCCACCUGUAACAUAAAGCAGUCCCUCUUCAACGACUGGUUCAGCGGACACCUCAACUUUCAAAUCGAACACCAUUUGUUUCCAACAAUGCCGCGCCACAACUACCACCUGGUGGCCCCGCUGGUCCGUGCACUGUGUGAGAAACAUGGGAUUCCUUACCAGGUGAAAACAUUGUGGCAGGGCUUCGCUGAUGUUUUCAGGUCACUGAAACACUCAGGCGACCUCUGGCUUGAUGCAUAUCUGCAUAAAUGACAACUUUUAUUCUUUGCACAGUACCUACAAGGACUGCUGUCUCUUCUGCAUCAUACAUUGAUUAUAUCUGUUUGGUUUUAUAAUUCAGUUAAUGGUGUGGGAUUUAUCUUUUCUUGGUGUUGGUGUCAUAGUUCAGUUUUUUUCAGAUUCUGUGCCAGAUUUUUAGUGCUCACAGGAUUUCUCUGAUUUUCCUUACAGUGUCUUGAACAGUAGUAUGGUGUCAGGGACGUCACUAGGAUUUAAAGACAGGGGGUGCUUAGCCCCCAGGGUAUUUGUAACUUGUGUUUGCAAAAUCUUUGCACUCACAUCUUUUGUUACUGUAUUAGAGCUACACUUAUGUCAACAACCAGUCAAGAAACCAAGAUGUUAAUAAUAAUAAUAAAAAGUGACAGACAUAUCCUCUUCUCUGUUCAACAAAAGUUACUGUAAGCUGUUAGCUUUUAGACACAUCAAAGCUGCAUGGGGGAAUUUACUUAGGCCAGACUUUGCUCCUGAUGAGUUCUUCUGUAACCAAUGACUUAAAGGGAUACACCACAUUAUAUACAUUAUAUACAUUAUACAUAAUACAUUGGCCCACCUAUCUACAGCCAGGGUAGACCGUGAUAAGCCCUAUUUCAACAAACGGUGGCGUAUUCCUUUAAAUGCUACCUUACUGCUCAUGUAAAUGUAUGAUAAAGUAAUAGCAUACUAUAUCUAAUUCCUCUCUCUAUAAGAUACGUUGUCCAAAGAAUGCUAUUUAAUUACACAAAUUACUGUAACUGCGCUGUAGAUUGGUUCAAUCAGUGUCAUUACACUGUGUAGUUUGGCUUGCAUACAGUAAGAACCAGAAUUUUAAACACACACACAUACAUAUACAUAUAUACAUAUAUAUAUAUGACAAUGUAUGACUUAAAUCAACAAUUAUUGAUAUUUAAAAAGCUAUUGAUAAGGAUCCUAUUUAAAGUGGCUACUGUCUUAAUAUAAUAACCUGAUGGCGGAAGAAAUAAAAGAUUUGGAGUAACGAAUAGUGUAUGUAGGAUUGCUUUCAUUUUAUUUUCACAUGUGUAUCUGUGGGCAUAUGCUCAUGUUUAGCCUAGCCUACAUUUAGGUAACAUCUACAUAUUUAUUUAAUUUAUCAGAGCCAAUGAAUGCAGAAAGUUAAGUUGGUCAGAAUAUAGCUAGCAUAUAUAAUAAAUACAAUUAAAUUAUUUAGUUUAGGCUAUGCCUCAGUGCCUAGACCUACCAACAAAUGCUUAUUGUUGGAAGAAAACAAAACACCCCACAUUUCCUUAGACUUGUAGACCACUACUGACCUCAAUCACGCCGGCUCCCUCAGAAUCAGCUGCCCAGCCAAUCUCCUGCUUCUCUUUCUCUCUGCUAAAAUAUCCUCAAAUAUCCAUCUGCUCAAAUAAUUGAAUUGAUACCGGUAGGCUACGUGCAGUAGCAAGUUCAGACCAAAGAGUAGCGACAAGAUGAAUCCUCCAGUUACUUGCAACGCUCCGGUCUGCAUCAAAUUAUCACAUUUCAAAUUAUCAAAUCAAAUUAUUAUUGCUGUUCUUAUUAUUAUUUAGGGGGGCUUAGGAACAUUUUAGGGUAGCUUCAGCAACCAUAAAAUAGGCCUAACGACGUCCCUGUGAUUCUCGGGUAUUUAAAGUGUUGUUUUUUCAUUAUCAAUCAUGUGAUACAGUUUGAACAAUAAAAUAUGAAAAUUACGCGGACAAGUGACAAAUCCAGUGUAAUUGAGGAUUAUUUAAAGUUACUGUACUUAAUUUAACUUCCUUUUACACUUGCAACUCUUAUUCUGAUUUUACAGUAUGAAAUAAAGGAACUGUAUUGACUGUU